AUGUCCGUUCAGCCACAGGUGACUGUUCCUCUCAGCCACUUGAUAAAUGCUUUCCAGUCUCUGGGUUCAGUUGGCACCCGCAAAUGUUCCACAAAUAAAGCAACAGUAAACAAAGAACAUGCUCCAGUGGCAGAACAGCUCUGUACAGAGCCUUUAUGGAGCCUGCGUGAUUUGGGCUUGUCGGAUCUUGGGAAGCAGCAGUUGGAUGAAUUGGUGAAGGAUGUUUUCCCACAACUCAGUCCUCAGGAAGUGUCUGUGUCUUGUGGUCAAGGAAGUAAGAAUACAUGGUGGACCUCUCAUCUCUCGACACACACCUUUUACCACAACAAGCAUGGGUUUCCACAUGUUUCUGGAUCCAUACCAUUUUCAGCAAAGCAUUCCUCUCUUUUAACAUCAGAGCUACAAAUCUGGCCAGUAUGGUUCCAGAGCAGAGGUUUUAAGACAUUAAGCAAUAAAACUAGGCGAUUGCAGUCAGGUUUUGAUCGUCCAGUUGAGCCAGAGGGAUUUACGCCUUCUUUUAUGAAAGGGUUCCUAACCCGUGACAAAAGUGCUGAUGUAGAAAGUCUGGAUAGUCUUCUAAAAAUCAAAAAUAUCCCAGAUGGGCAGCAAGAUUCUUUCAAGCGGGGAUUUGCCGAAGGGUUUCUCAAAGCACAAACUCUGACACAACGCACCCAAGAGUCUCUGAGGAGGACGCGUCUCAUCUUACUGGUGCUGCUUCUGGUUGGGAUUUAUGGGAUCUCAAAGACACCUUUUUUAUCGGUACGGUUCCGAACUACAUCAGGCCUGGACUCUGCUGUGGACCCAGUGCAGAUGAAAAAUGUGACCUUCGAUCAUGUAAAAGGUGUAGAGGAGGCUAAGAACGAACUUCAGGAAGUGGUGGAGUUCUUGAAAAACCCACAGAAGUUCACAGUCCUGGGAGGAAAGCUGCCCAAAGGCGUGCUGCUUGUGGGACCCCCAGGGACAGGGAAGACUCUCUUGGCCAGAGCUGUAGCCGGAGAGGCAGAGGUACCAUUCUAUUAUGCCUCUGGGUCAGAGUUUGAUGAAAUGUUUGUUGGAGUUGGAGCCAGUCGCAUCAGAAAUCUUUUCAGGGAGGCCAAAGCCAAUGCGCCAUGUGUAAUAUUUAUUGAUGAGCUGGACAGUGUUGGAGGGAAAAGGAUUGAGUCGCCUAUGCACCCGUAUUCCAGACAGACAAUCAAUCAACUACUGGCUGAAAUGGAUGGGUUCAAAACUAAUGAAGGUGUGAUCAUCAUUGGAGCCACAAACUUCCCUGAGGCAUUGGAUAAUGCGCUGAUACGACCCGGACGAUUUGACAUGCAAGUGACAGUCCCCAAACCAGAUAUCAAAGGACGCACAGAAAUCCUCAACUGGUACCUCAAAAAGAUUAAAGUAGAUCCAGACAUUGAAGCCAAAGUGAUUGCCCGGGGAACGGUGGGAUUCUCAGGCGCUGACCUGGAAAAUCUGGUGAACCAGGCAGCCCUGAAGGCGGCAGUCGACGAGAAAGAUAUGGUUUCAAUGAAAGAGCUUGAGUUUGCGAAAGACAAAAUUCUCAUGGGCCCUGAAAGGAGGAGUGCAGUAAUAGACAAGAAGAAUAAGGAAAUAACAGCCUUUCACGAGUCCGGCCAUGCAAUUGUAGCGUAUUACACGAAAGACGCUAUGCCGAUCAAUAAAGCCACCAUCAUGCCAAGAGGACCCAGCCUGGGACAUGUGUCCAUGCUUCCUGAGAAUGACCGCUGGAGUGAAACCCGUUCCCAGCUGCUGGCCCAGAUGGAUGUGAGCAUGGGUGGGCGUGUGGCAGAGGAGAUUCAGUUUGGACCAGAACAUAUCACCACAGGAGCAUCAAGUGACUUUGAUGCUGCCACCAAGAUUGCAAAGAUGAUGGUUACCAGAUAUGGAAUGUGUGACAAGUUGGGUGUGAUGACUUACAGUGACAUGACGGAGCAGAGCCCAGAGACUCAGGCUGCUGUGGAGCAGGAGGUCAGACAACUGCUGAAGGAAUCUUACGAACGUGCCAAAGCCCUUCUGAAGUCUCAUGCUAAAGAGCACAAAAGCCUAGCAGAUGCCCUGCUCAUGUAUGAGACACUGGACGCCAAAGAUAUUAAAAUGGUCCUGGAGGGCAAGACUCUGGAGAGCACUCCAGAGUCCAGCAACACUGGGGUCUGUGAAAUUGGGCUGUGA